CGGACUCUGGCCGCCAUUUUGACUGAGCAACCAUAGUGACAGGAGCCGAAGCAGCAGCUCAGGUUGUCCCCGUUUCCCCUCCCCUUUCCCUUUUCCGGCUGACUUCCCGGGCCCUGCGUUGCACAGUCCCGGUCCUGCCAUGUCCCAGAAACAAGAAGAAGAGAACCCUGCGGAGGAGACUGGCGAGGAGAAGCAGGACACACAGGAGAAAGAAGGUAUUCUCCCUGAGAGAGCUGAGGAGGCAAAGCUAAAGGCCAAAUAUCCCAGCCUAGGACAAAAGCCUGGAGGCUCCGACUUUCUCAUGAAGAGGCUCCAGAAAGGGCAAAAGUACUUUGACUCAGGAGACUACAACAUGGCCAAAGCCAAGAUGAAGAACAAGCAGCUGCCGAGUGCAGGACCAGACAAGAACCUGGUGACCGGUGACCACAUCCCCACCCCACAGGACCUGCCCCAGAGAAAGUCCUCGCUCGUCACCAGCAAGCUUGCGGGUGGCCAAGUUGAAUGAUGCUGCCUGGGGCUCCACCAGAUCGUGAGACGCUGCCCACUUGGGGUCCUGUGCUGGCUCCUGCCCCUCCCUGCUCUUGCAGCCAGGGGUCAGGAGGUGGCCCAGGCGCAGGCUAAAGAGGCAGAGGUCCCUGCCCACUGGUGUCCCAGCACAUGGAGCCACUGGGCUGAGCACCAAGACCUUGAACUUUUUUUGUUUGUUUGUUUUACCUUUUUUUCCAAAUAACUGUUGAGAGAAAUUUUAUUUGAAAUCUCAAGGGUGGGGUUGAGGGGUUGGAGGGGAAGAUGUGGGGGAAAAUGACUAGGGUUUAUACCUGGUAAAAAAAAGACAAUUUCCUAUCUUUCUCCUUAGCCACAGGUUUGGGAUGGAUGUAAAGUGAAGGGAUUUUCACAGACCAAUGACAAGGGCUUGAGUUCAACUCUGAAGAGAGAUGGCAGUAUUUGGAUGUGGCUAGUGACCUGGAGUCAGGAAAAAGGAGUUGUGCUCAUCACAAUAGACACAGUUUCUCUGGUUCUGCAGAGCAAGCUGAGGGUUCAGUGUGAAUUGUUCCUUUAAGAAAAGUGCUAUCCUUGAAAUAGGUUUGCUAUGGAGAGAGGGGAGAGAGUGGGGAGCCCGCACAGAAUCCUGGGGAAUUUUUUCAGUAUUUGAAAUAAAAUAAGAACAAAAAAAAAACCCACCCAUGGAAAAAAUCAAACCCAGAAA